CCGAGGUCCAAAGACCUUGUCGGAAGCCCUCACUUUUCCAUUCUCUCUAUACCGACAACACAACAUGAUCUCACCGAAGCGCAAGUCUGCGGCCCUCUCAAGCACCCAAGUUGCACCGCAGUUCAUCCAGAAGACGUACGCGCUCAUGACCGACGCGCCCGCCCACAUCGCGCAGUGGUCCAACCACGGGUCGACGAUCCUCAUCCACGACCCGUACGCGUUCUCGCGGGACCUUCUGCCGCAGUACUUUCGCCACAGCAACUUUCUGAGCUUUGUGCGGCAGCUCAACUUUUACGGCUUUCGCAAGUGCAAGCGCGACGACCCGACAAGCCUGGCGUGGGAGUUUGAGCACGAAGCCUUCUUGCAGGACGAGCCUGAGCUCAUGCACACCAUCCGCCGCCACAACCAGCCGACAACCGACGUGCCCGACCAAUACACCGAACCCGAACCCGAAACGACGCCCGUCGCCGAGCUCCGCGAGCGUAUUUCGACGGUGCAAACCAACUUUGAGCUCCUUACGCAGCAGCUGACGCAGUUGACCGCAGUCAUUUCAACGCUGGUCGUGUCAAGAAAGCGACCUGCCGAGUCGGACAGUGCCGACGCCAAGCGCUUGUGCGUCGAUACUGAUGCGGACGAUAUGGAGCCCCUCCACUGGGGUCGGCAUUCGGCAGCCUUAUCGGUUGAAGACUUGGCCAUGGUGGACGACGUGCUCGAUAUUUUGUCGCAGGCGCCUGUGAACCCGCCGUUGGACACUGCGAUCGAGGUAUAAACACAACUAAUAGUAUAAUAUAAUUAAAGGAAUGAUUCGGACUGU